UGUACCAAAGCUGAAGACGAGAAGCAGAGAGACAAGGUUUCCUCCAAGAAUUCAUUGGAGUCCUAUGCUUUCAACAUGAAAGCAACAGUUGAAGAUGAGAAACUUCAAGGCAAGAUCAAUGAUGAGGACAAACAGAAGAUUCUAGACAAGUGUAAUGAAAUCGUCAGCUGGCUGGAUAAGAACCAGACUGCAGAGAAGGAAGAGUUUGAACACCAGCAGAAAGAACUGGAGAAAGUCUGCAACCCCAUCAUUACCAAGCUGUACCAGAGUGCUGGUGGCAUGCCAGGAGGAAUGCCUGGGGGCUUCCCUGGUGGAGGAGCUCCUCCAUCUGAUGGUGCUUCUUCAGGGCCCACCAUUGAAGAGGUGGAUUAAGUCAAUCCAAGUAGAGGUGUAGCAUUGUUCCACAGGGAAACAAUUGAAGGACCCAAAUUUAGCAAGUUUCAUAGCAGUUUUAAAUUUAAGCUGCUACAAUAAAUUACUGGGCAUUCUCAAUACUUGAACAUGGAACAUGUGCACAGGGAGAGGAAGUAAAUAAAACAUUGCACUUUAUAAGCACUGUAUCCUACAUGGAAAAUGCAAUGUCUAAUAAAACAGGUGGAAAAUGGAAUGUCUAAUAAAAUUAUUUAAAUUGGCACCAAAAAAAA